AAGGGUAGGACAGCUCGUCGGGUAGCUCGUCUCACGGGAGUUUUUUUUUACAGAUUUCUGAUCAGGUUUCGCUAUUUACGGGCUACCUUUUAGACACGACCACAAAUCGGGCAGAAUAUACGCAUGCGCAGAGCGGACCGGGCAGCUGGGACGGAUCCUGCAGGGGGAGAGGCGCACCGAGCUAAUAUAAAUGUGAGCUAACUGCUGAACAGUUAGUUGUUGUCAGGACUUUAACACACUGUUAAGCUCAGCCUGGUUUCAGCAUCUUCCCAUCUCAUCCAUGAUGUCAUCCCCUUAAAGGCAGUGGAGUCACACGGAGAAGGCUUUGACAUCCACUCCGCUGCUGGAGUUGCUGUGAGAUGAUGCAGUCAAACAGGUCUGAGUACAGUCACAGGCGGCAGUAUAGUGACAGAAGUUCAAGACAGUGGGACGACUAUGAUCACAAAUGGGAAGAUAGGCGUGAACCUCACAGAGAUAUACCGCAGGAUUCCUAUCAGAAAUAUGGUGGCGAUGGACAUAGUAGUGCAGAGAGGACAAGCAGAAGUAGAGAGUACAGUGACUCACCUAAGAUGGUGCACAACAACGACUCCUUGAACAGAGACUGGAGCAGAAAGAGCUCAGCGAGGAGACACAUGCCUUCACCUGAUUGGGGUACUUCUGAAAAGAAAAGGCAAAGGUUUACAGAUGAUGAUAAAGAUGGUUACAGAUACAGGCGUGAGCCUGAGGAUAAAACAAACAGGCAGUCACCAGACAGUUUUUCACGUAUACAUGUAACCAAGGAUUUUAAACAUACACUACCAAAGGAAGAGGAUUUCAAAUACAGGAAAACACCUCAAGACUCCAGACACAGAUAUCGGCAUGAGGAGGUCACCUAUAGGCAACAACAUGAUGACGGCAGACAAUCGUCUGGAUAUUACAAAGAUCGACAUGGCCAUGAAAGGAAUCGAGACUGCUCACAAGAGAAGACUCGAUCACGAGAGCGCUCUACCAAGAGUUAUGCCAAACCCAGAGAGAGGAAUGACAGCCCCUCGACAGAUCACGAUGAUUAUCGUCAAAAUAGAUCAAGGUUUCCAUUGAAUGGAUCUAAUAGACAGCUGAACUCUUCCUGCGGUGUCGCUCCUCCGUCCAGCAGGUGGCGCUGUUAACAUCCACCUUUCACCACCACCGAGGCAGUGAGAGCAGAGCCAGCAGCAGUCAGGAGUCUGGCCCCCUUCUCCUCACUUCAAGCUCUUUAGUAUCAUCAAUGAUUGUCCUUGCCUUCUGCUGAAGCUUACUAAAGUGUACUGACUGCAUUUAAACGUAAGAGAAACUGACUGAAGGAUGAAUCCACACGACUGGGAGGCUAUUCAAACACUCCGGAGAAACCUGGACCCAAAUCACCAGAAUGACGUUAAUAACAGCAUGGAGAAUGCCUCAAUAACUAAUAAUGAGUGGGAUAUGAGGAGAAACCUGGACCCAACUCACCAGAAUGAUGUUAAUAACAGCAUGGAGAAUGCCUCAAUAACUAAUAAUGAGUGGGAUAUGAGUAGAAACCUGGACCCAAAUCACUAUACUGACAUUAAUAACAGCAUGGAGAAGGCCUCAAGAACUAAUAAUGAGUGGGAUAUGAGGAGAAAUCUGGACCCAAAUCACCAGACUGACGUUAAUAACCGCAUGGACAAUGCCUCAAGAACUGAUAAUGAGUGGGAUAUGAGGAGAAAUCUGGACCCAAAUCACCAGACUGACAUUAAUAACAGCAUGGAGAAUGCCUCAAUAACUAAUACUGAGUGGGAUACCUUCUGCAAAUACUUAAGACACACUGUUCAUGAAGCAAAAAGCAGCAUGGGAGAGAAUGUGGGAUGGAGGGGACUCAGUCCUCCCUCUCAUAACUUUCACAUUAGAAGGGACUCAGCAGUUGAGGACCCAGAUGGAGACCCACUUGAAAUAGAUGAAGAGGAUCCAGAGUUGGCAAGAAAGAGGAAAGAGCUCAGGGAGAUAGAGGAGCGAAUAAUAUUUAAAAGAGCUGCUAUUGCUCUGAAAACAGUUGAACCGUUUGUGAAGAAGACAACAGCUCCAGACUUUCCCUGUAAUGAACAAGCCGCUUCAUGCGAAGGUGCAUCUCUUAAAGACAGGGUGAAUGUAAUUUUGCAGCAACGACAUCCUGCCAGCCUUCUGUCAAAGGUCCGGCCACCCAAAGAGGGAAUGAAGUCUUUCAGCCUGCUGCAGGACGAUCAUCCCCUGAAGCUCAGAGUGAAGGCACUAAUGAAGCAGAGAUGUAGUGAUCCGUUUGUUUUGCCAGCAAGCAGAGAGGUCCCUGACGUCACACCGCCUCCUCCCAGCCGAAACGUUACUUCACCAGCCAAGGAGGAGAUCGGCUUCAAUCAGGGUUUCCAGCGCUUCCUCAGCGUGCUCAACAAAGGAGUGGACAUGGACUUCCUCAGUAGGAUCGUCACUGAUGACGGUGUGGAUCUUCCUUUAGGUGAGGAACGCCUGAACAUUCAGCCCCCUGCCGCGGAGAACAAAUCUGAUCCACCCUUCAGGAGAGAACAGAGCCAGCAAUCUAAUAGUGGAGCCUCGCUGCUGGGCCACAGUCGGACCAACAGUGGAGACGGGAAGACUGACCCGCCCAGUCAAGACAGAUCCCUCAUUGAGAGGCUUUCACUACCUGAUGAUGACGAGAAGAAGAAUGACACAGGAGACCACUGUUUUGGCUCUAGUAGUCGAUCCAAGUCUCCCUUGGCAGUGAAGAAGAAGAAGAAGAAGAAGAAAGAAGACGUAAAACCAAAGGUGGAUGAACAGCGUGAACAGCUCCAGAACAUUCUUAAAACUCUGGGGUUGAGCCUGGAAGUGGAAGAAAUGAGCAAAUUAGCAGACCGGACACAGGAGAGGCUGUAUGGGAAGAAGCAUGAAGACACAGGGGCUGACAGCAGAGGGGAGCAGGAGAGUCGGCAGAGUGGCUCUCAAAGACAUUACAGUAACUCCUCCUCCUCCUCUUCCUCCUCUUCCUCCUCUGCCUCCUCCUCCUCCUCAAGGUCGACCUCUAGAAGCUUUAGUCGCAGCCCCUCUCGCCGUCGGUGCUCCCACAGCAGAGACUCGAGACGAAGGUCUGUACGCAGCCGCUCGAGAGACAGAAGCAGAGAUGGACCGACAUGUCAAGACGGUAACCAGGACAGCAAAGAAGCACAGAGGUACAGGGACGAAGACGGAAUGGACCCCAAAGAAAUCUCUCCUUAUCAACAUCCAUAUCCACCAGACCAAAUGUAUCCCCAUCCCCACCCUGCUGCUUUUUCUGCAUUUCCAGGUUACAGUUUGUCCCAGGACUCACAGUACACUGCCUACCACAGUGGCACUCACAGCGCUGUUAUGAAUUCUUACUGGACACAUACUCAGGGGGCCAUUCCUCCCUCCUUUUACCCCAGCGGGUGCCCUUAUCCACAAAACAUCUACCAUCACUUUCCUGGCUCUGUAGUGGCACCUAACAUGGUUUACCCUCAUCACCACUCUCUUGACUUUAACUUACUUGUGAAUCCAGACCUGUCUACGAGUGAAGGCCAGAUUGGUUGUGUGUCAGGCCCUCGCUGCCUGCAAGAGAUCAGCACUAAGCAGCCAGCCAAUGAUCGCUGUCUACAGAGACUCACCACUCACAAAUGCCCCAAGAGGAAGGGGAAGUUAGAAAAAACUCAAAAGAAUAGGCGUUUACGUAUGCGUAGGAAAAAGAAAAAAGCGGUUCCUAAACAACAAAAAAUGGCAGCAAAACAGAGUGUAAAUUUGGUGGGGAAGGUGGAGGCCCCACAGCUCGCUGAAGACAACUCCGAGCAGUCAGAAGAGGAAAAACAGCCGCCAACAGAGGAGGAAAUAAAGGCGAACCUGAGGAAAACGCUUGAAGCAUUUAACCAGAAGGUGAAGCAAAAAGUCACACAGCCAGACAACUCCCUGACCUGAUUAAAAUCUGCGGAGUGUCACGACGGUCUGAUCAUUUGAACCUGCUGUGAGCCCUGACGGACCAGGUGGACUUCAUGUUCAACAUUCAUUAUUUACACAUGCAGUUAAUGGUGUUACAGCACCAUUUAGUAUUUAAGUCGUAUUUCCACAUUUGUACUGAAUCAUUUUCAAACUCUAACAAGUAAAUU